AUGGGUGCAAGUGGAACAAAAGAACCGCCACGUAAUAUAUCAUUUGAAAACCAACUUCUUAUGACUGAAGCUGCAUUACAACAGCUUCAAUCAUCCGUUGGUAAAAGUGUUCCACAAGCCGUAAAUACACGUACACCAGGUAUUGAUUCAUCAACAUCAACAACAACAACAAUAUCAAGAGAAUCAAAUAAUAAUAAUAUACCAUUACCAAAAAUUGAUACAAAUGGUACAGUUGAAACAUGGCGUGCAUUAGCAUCAUCAGUUAAUGAUACUGAAUUGCAACGUUUAAGACAAGAAUAUAAAGAAAAAUUACUUGAACAAGAACGAUAUAAUCGUGAAAAAUUAAAUUUAACAAAAGAAAAUUUAGCUGCUGAAAUUGAAAAAGUUGAAAAAAAAUUUUCCAAAUAUAUUUAUUCACCUAUAUGUGAAAUAGAACGUUCAGAAAUUGAACAAUGUUAUUUAGCUAAUCCAAAACAAGUUUUAACAUGUUCAAUAAUAGCUGAAAAAUUUAUUAAAUGUGUUCAACAACAUCGUGAACAAUCAUUACAAAUUUAUCAUACACCCACACCAACACAAUCAUCAACUACCAACGAAAAUCCUCAAUCAACUACAAAGGAAAGUCCUCAACAACAUACAUAUGCUGAUCCACUUACAUCAAAAACAUCUGCAACUGCUGAUGCUGCUAACUGA